ACCCCUUCUUACCUAGACCAAUCCCAACCCUCCACGUUUCAUCAUCCCAAUAUCCUCCUUCCCCUGCUUCCCUCUUGCGACGUACCUGAGAAUUGAACGUUUAACUUGAUCACGACAAAAGCAAGAGAAGCGUCACCAUUGUUGAUAACGAGGAGAAGGAGGAGGAGAUUUAACACUCCUCCUCAUUCAUCAACCCUCGUUAUCGUAACAUAUUAUUCCUACACAUUUUAAUUUUUUUGCGUGUAUUUGUAUGUAUAUCGAACUAGAGAAGAAAAUGUGGUAUCCAUCGUCUCAUAUGGAAAAUGAGGGAGUUGAUUCAUUUGUCACACCUUCUGCGGAGCAAUUUCAAAGGGGGAGGCAAUCAAAAGGAAACCAGGAACUAAAUGAUGAGUUGAAAAUAAAAGCAAAUGAACUCGAAAAGCUUUUCGCAGAGCAUAAAUUGCGCACAUCUCCGGCACCUGGAAAUCAUCAAUCUAAUUAUUUUACCAAUAGAACUAGUAGGCAUGGUCACAUGCAAAGCUGGCCAUCAGCUACUUCAUCCUACAAAAAAUUACCUGAAAUAGACAAUGCUUUUCUCGAUGAUCAUACGUUUACGGAACCAGUAGAAAAAAACUCUUGUGAUCAUGAGUUAAUCGGUUUUGCGGGUUUUCCGGGGAAAUUCUAUGAUAUGUACAUGGAGAAAAGGGAUGCAAAACUUAGGGAUGAAUGGAAUUCUAAAGGAGCAGAGAAGGAAGCCAAGCUAAGGGCUAUGGAGGAUAGCCUUGAGAGGAAUACAGCUGAAAUGAAGACUAUGGAGAGACUCAGAUCAUUUAACUCCAGCUCAAUUUUUAGCAGAGACCAACAACAAUCAGUACUCUUUCAGCAAAGUGAUGAUAGAGAAGAUAUGCUUGAAUUCAUGAAUCAGAAAAAGAAUGAUGUACUCAGGUCUUCUAGUGAAACAUCUUUGGAAGAAGUUUCUAAGCAUACUACUACUCCGAGGAAGAAACAACAUUUACCUAUCAAAACUUCAUCCAAACCUCGAAACAUAGUAGCAUCUGUUCCGAGGUCUCCUAUGAAGGUUUCUAGUAGUCCUUCCAAUAGACGAAAAUCUCAAUCUGAAAGUCCACUUGCACGAUCCGUUCCAAACUUUUCUUACAUGAGAAAGGAAAAUGCUGAGCCUUAUUCUCCAGCUGGUAAAACAAUUCCUCGUGCACCUUAUUCACGUAGCAAAUUACUGCACUCACAGUCCUUGAGGAAAAGCUCUGCCUUGAAUUCUGAGGGUGUUGUUUUGGCACCUCUCAAAUUUGAUAAAGACAAGAUGGAACAAAGUCCUAAGGGUGUAAUUUCAGCACCUCUUAAAUCCGUGAAGGACAAUAUGAGGCAGAGUCAUAGUGAUAAAUUUUCCAACAUUUCGGAUACAAAGACUUCACUAAAGAAGGGAAAAGAUGAUGACUUCAGUUCAAGUGGUGGUUUAACUGAAACAAGGGAUUCUAACAUUGCGUCUAGGUUUACGCACAAUGAUGAUGAGGAUGUUGAUGACAUGGAAUUGGAUUCUGAGGACUCAGAGAGUAGAGUCGAGGACGAUUUUGAGAACAUGAUAUCUGCAGUUGAGGAGCAUUUUGAUAAGGGGACACCAAGAUCGAGCCAUGAGAUGGAGAAGAAAAAUUCUGGACCAGAAAAUAGACAUUUACUGAGAUCACUUUCUCAAGUUUGCUACGCUUCGGAAGCUGGAUAUUCGCCUUCUUCUGUGCCUUCCAACUUCCUAAAUAGUCCUGUCUCGCAGACUCAUGAGAUGUCUGAUGUUGAUGCUUUAGACUCUCCUGUGGGAAGUCCUACAUCCUGGAAUCCACAUUUUCUGACUCCAACACAUAUUAAUGGUGCUACUAGAAUGAGGACGAAAUGGGGAACAACAGCUCAGAAUCCAAUCAAUAUUGUCAAAUCUUCUCAAAGUCUAUCGCGCAAGGAUAAGGCCAGAGGAUUUAAACGAUUAUUAAAAUUUGGGAGGAAAAACCCUGACGCAGAUAGUUUGGUUAAAGACUGGAUUGCUGCAACUACUUCGAAAGGAAAUGAUUGCACAAGAAAUGCACAUGAUAGUCGCCAUCGCUCUGAUGAUAGCUUAUAUGAGGAUGUGCUUUUCAACAAACGAGUUCAAUCCUUGUACAUGUCUAUUCCUGCACAUCCAGUUAACUUCAAACCGAGGGAGAAUCAUUUAUCAGGAAGCUCAAUAAAGGCUCCAAGAUCAUUCUUUUCUUUGUCAUCAUUCAGAAGCAAGGGAAAGGAGUCGAAGCCAAGAUAAGUCCCUCGAAGGACAAAGGUUCUAGUGAUAUAUAAAACAUAUGGAAUUGUCUUGAUGAAACACAUCUUCAAAUCAUAGUAUUUUUUUCUUCAGCCAGAGCUUGAGGUAUGUGUGUGUUAUAUACAGCCUACAAUCAUCUAAAUACAAUUUAUUCUUGUACAUGUAUAGUACGUAUGUAUCAUGGGGCUCGUUAGGCCUUGCUUAUGUUUUAAUUCUUGUUGUUUCGGGAAUAUAAUGUUGUUUAUUGCUUUGAGAGAACAGUUCCCUCUGGCUGAAUGUUAAUGUAAUAUUGGCAGUUGG